AUGAUCCUGGACUCGGUGUUGAGCGAAAUCAACAAAACGGCCGACCGGACGUUUCACUACGUGGAGCAGGCUUUUUUCCAACGAUGGUACGCCAACCAAAACGAAACGCGGAGGGACUUUUUGAAAGCCUUGAUCAAGGCCGGCAGGUUCCAGUUUCUCAACGGAGGGUGGGUGAUGCACGACGAGGCGACGGCGCACUUCCUCGACAUGAUCGACCAAACAUCACUCGGGCACUGGUUUCUGCUGAAAGAAUUUGGAGUGAAGCCAAAAAUCGGAUGGCAGCUGGACCCCUUCGGCCACUCCAUCCUGCAAGUUGACUUGUUCGGGUCGAAAUUGGGCUUCACGGGCUUGUUUUUUGGCCGAAUCGACUACAAAGACUUGGAGCACCGAGUCGCGAACCAGGAGGCCGAGUUUGUCUGGACAAAAACGGCCGCACCUCCAGCUAUGAAGCUAGGAAAUCACCUGACAACACACGGCGGAGCAGGUCCGGCUCAGGGGAAAGAAGAGCUACGAGAAACUCAUAGAGCCACAUUGGCGCGGCAGUCUAGGUUGAGGACUACAACCAGUGCGAGGACUUCAGAGAUUUUCACCGGUCUCACCGGUAGUUACGGGGGCAACUACGGUCCGCCCAUGGGUUUUUGGUGGGACCAGCUGUGCGAUACAGAGACGAACCCGGUCUUCGAUUUUAACCCCGACAAGACCCAGCGAAACGAAAGCCUGAACACCAUGAUAGUGGAAAGGUUCAAGAACUACACGGCGGUGCAGGCGAGCCAGAUAUCCUGUGCAAAAGUAUCGUAUUCGUAUAAAUGCAAGUCUUGCAUUACAAAUCUGUUUCUUGAGGCACAUCCGCAUUACAAAUUUUAUUUCUCACGCUGAGGAAAUUUGUAAUGCAUUUAUACGAGUACGAUUAUACGUUUGCAGUCCAUACCAGACGCGCGGCAACAACAUUCUAAUGACAUGGGGAUCGGACUUUUGGUACAGCAACGCGACAAAAAUUUUCGUGAACACCGAUGAGCUAUGGAUUGUAAAGAUGUCUGGGUCUGGAAGACUGCAACUUGUCAUGCUGUUUUUGGACUCUAAAAACUAAACAUUUGUAUUGCUUGACCAGCAACAGGGGUGCAGUUUUUGCUACACGGACAGGGCAUUUCUCUUGCGGAAUGUACAUCAGGAAGCCCUCUAAAAGUCUGCGAUGCUAGGUCAAGCAUUAGAGGCAUGGUCAUGGGUCAUGAGAAAUAUGCAUGACAAAUCUUGCAUUCUUCCAGACCCAGACACUUUAGCAUUUGAUAUGAGCUGAUCCGACGGAUGAAUUUGAAGUACAAUUCGACAAACAGUGAAGACAUUGAAUCUCAAAGGGUCGAAUAUGAAUGUGCACGACUUUCCCUCCCUCUCAUUUGUCAUGCAAAAUACCCAAGCCAGACAGUGACAGACUGUGCCUCCUAGCAUUGUUUGCAUGACAAGUUCUGGCAGACCAAAUAGCACUACAAUUUUGUGCAAAUUUGUCAUGCAGAACCUGCAUUCUCGCUGGCGCUUGUAUUGCCGUACAUGCUAUAAAAAUGAGGGGGAGGCGGGGGAUUUGUGCGCUGUCAUAUCGAAGUAUUUUACUCCACUAUGGAGGACUACGUCGCCGCGAAAGAAGCAGAGGAGCGGGAGCACUAUCAUGCUGUACGGCAUGGAAACAGAUCUCGAUCUUCGUCUUCUCCUUCCCGCGACAACAAGCACGGCCAGCACUUGGUCAACAGAUCUUCACCACAACUCACGUCCACGUCUUCGUCCGAAACCAAAUCCAAAACGCAGCCCAUGCUGAAGCUGCGGCGAACUACCAGCAGGUCCUCAUCCAGCGAACAGAUGAUGUCGCAGAAUGACAUAAAGAGCGACGAUGAAGAUGACCCACUUAUUACUACCCUUUUCCCGAGCAAACAGAAUACCGACUUUUUUCCCUACGCCGACCGGAAACACGGCUUCUGGACCGGGUAUUUCACCUCCCGACCGGCGGUCAAGCGCAUGAUUCGGCACUUCUCCAGUUUGUUUCAGGUCUUCAAGCAGUUUUCGGCCUUGUCGCACACAUGGAACCCCAAGUUGCUAAAUUUCGCGGACGCGCUGGGCAUUGCGCAGCACCACGAUGCGGUGACGGGGACGGAGAAGCAGCACGUCACCUUCGACUAUAUUAAGUGCAAAAAUGUCUGGGUCUGGAAAAUUUUGAGACUUGUAAUGCAGGGUUUGCACCACCCAGGAUGUCUGUAAUGCAUGACCUAGCAUCACAGAUUUUUAGACGGCCUCCUGAUGCCUAUUCCGCAUGACAAAUGCCCUCUCCGCGUAGCAAAAAUUAGAAUCCUUUUGCUGCUCAUGCAACACAAAUUUUUUAGAUAUCCAAAUGCAGCAUCACAAGUUCCAACCUUCCAGACCCAGACACUUUUGCAUCUGAUAGACUACGCCAAGCGCUUACACGCGGGCAUGAAGAGCGCGGAAAAGAUUGCGUUGUCUCCCGAGGUGCUGGAAAAGCUGCCGGGGUUUGCUGUGUCUCGUCCUGGGGAAAUAAUAGAUGUCGUCCAAGUCCAAGAUGAACGAGAGGGGGUCCACCUCCGGGUGUCUGCGCGUGAAGGAAGUAGAAGAAAAGCAAGCGAAGCACAGCCGCAUGACGUCGUUUGGCAGAAUUGUAUCCUCCGCAACGAGACGGUGUGCGGGGUGACGAAAACUUUUCUCAACAACACGACCGAAGACUUCUACUACACGAACGCAAAGAGGAGUCGAUCAGCAUUUUUGCAGAUGAAAAUCUGGAACCCACUGCCGAGAAGUCGGGUCAGCACUAUCGAAAUUCCGGUACCCACGGCGAAACCUGUGGUAGUCAGCUGCGCGGAGGAUAUUGGGAAGGACAAAGAUAUCAUAACGGCAUACCCGUAUGAAACGGAAAAACCGGUUUGUUAAUACAGUUGCGCACUGCGUUCUUGCACGACAAGCAAGACAAUAUUGAGAUCAAAUGUGUAAGUAUGUUAGGACCACCAAAAAAGGCAAAGGUGCUCAGAUAGAAGUCUGAUUGCAUUGAUUCGUGUCUUCUGCGUAACUUCCCUCUAUUAUGAUUGUCGCCGCGAUGCAAGUGCAAAUUUUCCACCUUGCUACUUCCAAAGACCGUGCCCCGCGUAGAAAAUUAUGUCUUCGUAACUGUAGUCGACUUUCAUUUUUUCUUCAAUACCCCGAUCUCCUCGUUUACUACCGGUAACUACGCGAAACCGGCAAAAAACGCGCUGCCGUUCGUGCUCAGCUUCCAACUGUCCCUCCCCGGGCUUGCCUUCAAAUCCUGCGUGGUGAGGGAGUUGGAUAAAAAAACAGCGGUGGAACAAGUGGAAGAUCAUGCACGACGUGGACGGCAUGCACAUCAACCAGCAAACAGAGAAACGGGGCGAGGAAAUACAAAUAGCAGCUCCCAAAACCAAACUACAUCUAGAGCCGAAAAGAUCGAUUUGUUUCUGGAGAACGACUACCUCCAGGUUCACUUUUGCCAGAGCAGCGGGGAAAUCUGCCGGAUUCUGAAUAAGAAAACCAACCAGACGCGGCACGCACACCAGCGCUGGAAGGUCUACAAGGGGAUCAAAAAUAACACCGUGCAACAGACAGGCGCGUACAUCUUCCGCCCCAAUCCGGGCGAUAGCCAGUGGUUCCUGAAAGUGAAGAAGAUUGAAAAGGUCGACAAGUUCGAAGUGCGGCAGGAGUACGCAGAGGGGUACGUGCAGCAGAGAGUUAUGCAUUGCAAAAGUAUGGUGAAAAUUGCAAUCAUGCAUUACAGAUCUGGUUUUCUACGUGAAUCUGCAUGAGAGAUUCCUGUUUUCCUCUUGAGACAAUUUGUUAUGCGAUUGAUGUAUGCUAGUACGAUUGCGAUAGUUUUGCAAAGAUGCAUAAGAUUACGGCUACUCCGAAACCGGAUCGAGAUCACGCACAUCAACGGCCCCUUACCGGAUGCCACGGAACUGGUAACCAGCUGGAAUAUCAAAUGUAAAAAUGUCUGGGUCUGGAAGAAUGCAACUUGUCAUGCUAAAUCUGAAGCAUGCAAAAAUCUGUGUUGCAUGAUUACCAAAAGUCGUCCAGUUUUGACCAAGUCGGGGGGCAGUUUCUCAUGCAGGAUAGGCAUGAGAAAGAUCGCACAGAAUCUGUCAUGCUAGGUCCUGCAUUCCAGACCUCAUGGCUCAUGGAAAAGCUGCAUGAUAUAUCGCGCAUUCUUCCAGACCCAGACAUUUUUACAUUUGAUAUGGAACACCGACGUGGAAAACGUGGAGGCGGAAACUGGACAGAAUAUCUUCUACACGGACGCUAAUGGCCGGGAAAUGCUGAAGCGAGUCACGGACGGUGGCAGGGACUUUACCCCCUACAACUUCACGGACGAAGGCGAACCCAUCGCCGGAAACUACUACCCCGUCGUGGCUGCGAUUUCGAUAAAGCAAGAAGGGACGUCCAGAUCGGAUAUUUCCGACGCUACACGACGCAAUGGUGGUUCAGGUGCUGCCUCACGAUCUUCAAAAUCAAGUGCAGCUACCACAAGUGCUGACAAUGCCACUGCGGGUGGACGAACAUCAACUACCAACAAUUACCAAACAGCGCCGGACUCUUCCGCGGCCGAAGUAGAAGAUGCCUUCACCAUCCUCACCGAUGCGGCCCAAGGCGGAGCGUCUCUGUACAAAGGCCACCUGGAGCUGAUGACCCACCGGAGCUGUUUGUUCGACGACGCACGCGGCGUCGGCGAACCGUUAAACGAGACGGAGUUCGUGACUAGCUACGACCCUAAGACUGAACCAAACCCGGAAAACCGCGGGAGGCACUACGGCCGGCGGCUCCGCGUGGUCGGUGAGCAUUGGGUGGUGCCGUUUUCUUCUCCCCCCGAAUCUUCGGCUACGGGCGGCGGGGGAUUUAGUACUUUCUCUAGCACAGGAACAACGCCCGAUCAUGCUGAAGGCGAAGCAAAAGUAAAAAAAGAAACUGCAGGAAAUGAACAUCAAACACUUCAUUGGCGCGCACAGCAGGAAGAGAUGUACGCGAAGCCACUGGUUUUACUUGCGGCUCAUAGUCAUCAACAAGCUAGUAGAGAGGAUCCAGACCCAGAGAAUGAACGCGUCGUGCUCGAGACCCCUCUUAACGAGGAGCAGCAAUCAAGAACCGCCGACGCUACCGUUCUUGCAAGAACCAGCACUGGCGGUGCUGCUACGUCAAGAACGGAACAAGCAGCAUCAAAGAAGUUCGAUUGGGACCCAUCGUUGCAGUUGCUGACGUUCGAACUCCUAGAAGCGGAACGGUUGCGAAGGAUCGUUGCUCGAAAGGAAAUAGACAGUGCAGAGAACGAGGCGACAACACGGGGCAGUCUCAUGAAAAUGAAAAAGAUGAGCAACUCGCUGCCGCUAGCUGCAGCAAACGAGUACCGGCAGAUAAACAAAUCCUAUCUCCUCCGUCUCGGGCACAACGGACUUUCAUCAGAAUAUCGUAAGAAAAAAGUGCUUCACUGCAAGGAUUUUGCAAGUUUUGCAUCACAGGUUUGUCCUACAUCACAGAGAGAAUUUUUCAUGCGAGAUUCCGAAGAGAAUGGGAAAACAAAGCUAAAAAUCUAGUGUCUUGCAUGUGUAGGUGUAGCAAGACAAACCCUUCUCAGAUACUUUUUCUGCAUUACAAGUUUACAGUGAAGCUGUUUUUUCUUGCGAUACAGAAGCAAAAAGCGUCAAUCUGCUACGCGAUUUCGUCCUGCCGAAUAAAUUGAUGCAGUUGGUGGACAUCAGAUUCAACAGAGCUGAGCCUUCUAGUACAACUUCUACAACAACCAAGGCAGCACUGGCAUCUUUCUAUGAGGACAGGAACGACGAAGACCCGAAAGAGCAGAAAGGAAAAAGGAAAACAAAGGCAAAUGGCUCAGAAGGGGCACAUGAAGCACGACCAGAGCAAGAAAGGCCACUACAGAUGUUCGGAAGAAGUGGCGAGUUGGAACUUUCUUCAUCCCAGGUCGAACAUCUUCAAACGUUGAAAGUAGAGGACGAGUCAAGAACAAGAACCAACUCAUCUCUACCUACGACGAUCACAAUCAGCAUCUGGGAACUCAGUCUGUCGGCCAAUCAACUGGCGGAAGACGCGCCAAAUUGGAUAAGAAACACAAGAUAGGAAAAUGCAGAGGCGUCUGGGUCGGGAAGAUCGAAAGACUAUGGCAUGUUGCUUGAUUGACGGCAGUUGCAUGAAGAAGAAGAUUCACAAAAAGAAAGGCAAACAAGCAAACAAGGUUUCUUUGCCUGUCAUGUUGUACAGACACUGUUCCCUAACCCUAUUGUGCUUUCCAUCUUUCAUGCGGCAUACGGCACAUCCCAACAUCAUAAGUCCAUAGCAGCCCAAAGAAUUUUCAUGCUGGAUUGCGUGGUCAGUCGCUGUAGUGUAAUGCAUCCAGCACCAGGACGAGUGAGGUGUGCAUCACAACGUUCCAGACCCAGACAUGUCUGCGGUGUAUACGAAAGGAGGCGGCGAACAAGCGAUCGGAAAGAAAUUGCCAUCUCCAUCAACUUCCACGCUACAACUAGGAGCAGACCACGACUUUCAUGUUGAAACACGAAUAAGUUUUGAUCCCCUUCUUGAAAGCAUCACUUUGAAUCCAUUUGAAAUUAGAACUUUUGGGUUAGCAAUUGAAUUUGAUAAGAUUUUUGAAAGUCAGGCCGUGCAGCAUGAAGAAAGCAACAAGGGCAAAAAUACCCCUUCGCUCCAAGGAAAUGGAAGUGCGAAGGUGAAGUCACAGGAUAACAGAAACAAGCACGACGAGGCCCUGAAGAAGCAAGAAGAGAUGAAUAUCGAUAUUGUGUACAUAUGAAAAUCAAAACACAGAGAUGACCCGCGAGAUCAACGAAUGUUGUGCAUUUUUUGGAGCCGACAUCAAAGCACACAGAGACAGACCAAAGAAGCCAUGAAAUUCCCGCCCUUUUCGGGUUGC